AUGAUCUCGGCCGGUACUUCGUUAUCUUCGUCUACGUCGCCCCGCUCUUUCUUCGAUAUUGGCGCCGCUCUACAACUCUGGGAUUCUGUUUCUGCAACUCUCUCUCAUUCGACUGCGUUCCUUGGUUUCUCACGCUCUUUCCAUACCCUUGAUGCGGAUGGUACAAUAACCUGGGGAAAGGUCGUGUUUCUGACUACCUGUCUCAUCACCAUGGCCGGCUGUGGUUUCCUUUCCUCUCUCGUACGGCGUCGAGUCUUCAAGCGGUCCCGGGACCGUAAGCCUCUUCGUCGUGGAGCUCAAAAAGAGCACUCAACCUCAGUUGCGGGGACGACAACAUCCUCAGAAGAAGAGGAGGAUGAUUAUGACAGCAGUGGCUCACUGCGUUUUGGCACCAAUGCUGCCAUGCCACAAGAGAAAGUGACCCAUAAACAACGCGAGCAGUCGACGGAUGCUCUUAGCACAGAUCCCGGCCUUCUCAAGAAGCGUUCUUCAUUCCUCUCCUACACAACAUCCAUCGCGACCUAUCCUUCCAUCAGAACAUUCUUCUGUCCACAUCCACAAAUGGACAAGCUCCCCACCAAGCCAACACCGCUACCACUGCUGGUCUUCGUACACGGUCUGGGUGGUUCCUUGGCCCAAUUUGGUCUUCUGUUGACGAGCUUGGCCAACGUGGGACCCUGUUUUGGCAUCGACCUCCCCGGAUGCGGAUUGUCGACCUUCGCCCCUACUUCUUGGGACGCGUAUACAGUCGAAGCUUUGGCAGAAUUGCUCUGCACAGCUAUUGAAAAGCAUCGUGACCGAGAGGCAGGCCAGAAAGUGGUCUUGAUCGGCCACAGCUUGGGUUGCUCUCUCUCGGCUCUUCUCGCAUCUUCCACGUCACCAAUCGGGGCCGAAUUGAAGCAGCACAUCUCAGGGCUUCUUGCUAUCUGCCCCCGCGCAGCACCUCCGACUCCUGACGAAGUCGCCUCUUUUCGCCGUCUUCUUCAUGUGCCAGAGACGAUCUUUGACAUGUGGCGCCGUUGGGACAGACGGGGCGGUCUACAUAGUACCAGUGUCAAUCGACUUGUUGGCACUGAUGCUGAUCCAGACACGAGAGAGCUCCAGGUGCGCUACAACAAACAAAGUAAAACUCCUGUUUGGAGACGCAUGGCUUGGGGAACGCUUCCCACCUAUACCAAGGACGGCAAGGCUGUUGGUGGUAUUCCAGGAGAAGAAGUCUGGGCCGGAGUGAAAACACCGGUUCUUCUAGUGGCGGGUGAGUCCGACGCGGUCACCAAGCCGGCAGAGCUUCAGAAGAUUCUGAAGUUUUUCGGCGAAACUGGACUGAAAGUCGAUAUGGGUACCAACGGCAGUGCUGUUAUCCCUGAUGCUUCAGAAGUGCAUGACACUGUUUCUACGACGUACGAUCACCUUGCGCAUGAGGAAGAAUACGGCCUUGAGGCACAAACAAGCGAGAAGACGUUGGUCAUCGAACCUGAGGCAUCGAGCAAAAAGAAACGUGCUGUCAAGACCGUCAUUCUUCCCGCACCAGCCUCACAUGCGCUUCUCUACGACCGUGCUACAUACCGCACCCUGGCGGGUAUCAUUCAAGAUUUUCUUUCGCAGCAUAUUGACCAACGCGUGAGUCUUGGGUGGCAGUUACAGUACAUGAACACUUCUGGAAAGUGGGAUGUCAAAAACCUGGCCAAAUGGCAGAAAGUUCCGCCUGUUUCCCAGCGAAUUGCAGACACUUUCGUCGCGCUUAAGAUGUUGCGAGAGGUGGACGAAGAGCAUAAUCCCGUGUUGUUCUCGCAAAAGCACCGCGACCAAAUAUACGCCGUGAUUGAUAUCAGCUACGAGAACCCCGUAUACAACCCUGCCUCUCUGGAGAAGGGAGGGAUUCAAUAUCACAAGCACCCGACGGUGUCGAAAAUUCCGCCGACCCCCGACGAGACGAGAGAUUUUAUCGCGCUGGUAGAUCGAUUACAGAAUGAGAUCACCGAGAAGAUGAAGAAAUCCGGUAAUACUAGUGGUCCCCGGCCUGUGGUCGGAGUGCAUUGCCACUACGGAUUCAAUAGAACAGGCUUCCUCAUCGUCAGCUAUCUGAUUGAGCGACGGGGCUUCACUGUCCAAGAAGCCAUCGAUGAGUUCGAGAGGCAACGGGCACCGGGGAUCCGUCACGGUCAUUUCAUUGAUGCUUUGUUUGUGCGAUAUUGUGUUGGGCUCAAGAGAGCGCCUACACUGUAA